AAUUAUUAACAUAAUUUAAUAUAAUUAAGUAAUAAUUUCGAUAAUAGUGAAAAUUUUCAGUGCCCAAUUAUUAAUCAUCUGAAGCGUCAUUCAUCAUACUGAUGCGUUUCAACGACAGUUAGAAGCUCCGGAGAAAUCCUAGUAGUAUUAGGUUUAUCCACGGAAAGGGCGAGAUGCAUUUAAACCGAGUAUUCUGAGUGCAUGCUGGUCGAGUUACACGCGCGCAUCGGGUGUAGCGCUCGCGGUACAGCAUUCCCGAGAGAUUCCCUGUACCAUCCAGACGGCGCGAGACAUGUUACUUACUUAGACGAGAAGCGACCUGGAAAUUCCUCGGCAAAACGACCAAUGCACGGUGCUCCUUGACCGUUAGGGAAGCUCCUCAUUCCGAUCGAGAGUUUUCCUCGCCAUAAGCGGCGAGAGAGAAAGAGAUAGAAAGAGAUCGCGUCGCAGCAGCAGCAGCAGCCGGAGGGAACGCAAAAAUGAUCCAACACCUCUUGGAAUCUUGAUCUCGAGUCUUUCCAGAGAGAAACGUAAUACCAACAGUCACGCUGCACUUACUUUGACAAAGUUCUUUUUUAUCGAGUUCAGCGCGUUCCCGCUUUUUUUCCCCCGUUGCGCUACGUAUUUACGAGUAAUCCGAGAAAUUGGCACUGCGAACGGCGACGGGGCGUUUUUACCUGCGCCAAGAACCCCCUGGGGGAACUUCGCAGAAUAGUAGAAUAACAGUUCGUUAUUCUAGAAAGGCUACAUAAAACAUUUUUUUUUAACAUAAAUAUAGCAUAUAGAAAAAAAUGAUAAAGGAAGAUAAUAUUAACGAAAUAACUCGCAACGCGAUAAUAAUUCUGUGCACAUUAAAGUAACAGCGUAUCCUGGUUGCAGGUUUAUUACGUGUUUUUUGAAAUAGCGUUUACAAAAUGAGAAAGGAUACACGCUAUAUUAUCACGCUAGAUUAUUUACAGCAUUUAUAGAGAGAAAGAAGAGAGAAUUAUAAAUAAAAUAUUCACAAAUGCGAAAUUUUCUUUACAAUGAUUGAAAUUGUGCAUAUUUCACAAAUAUUCGUGUUUGACUAAAGCAUCUGUGAUGUAAGGUUUUUAAUUUUUUAAAUAAUAGACGGAUAUCGCUUUCCGUAUAUAGGCUAUAUAGCGAUGUUUCAUGACGGCACAAAUACCUUCCGAGAAAAUUAUAUCGACUAUGCCGCGCCGGAUCGUCCUACUGACGGUCGAAAAUGCAUCUGUGAUCCUUUGGCAUUAUCAGCGAAACGAAGUACCGGAUAACCGCGUUACGAGCCAAUCUCUCCGUCAGGAAUAAGCAAGUCCCCGGAGGCUUCGAUGGAAACAGUGGGAAUAUAGUUCUUAUUCCGGUCGCGCGGAGAUUCGAAUUCAUUUUAUUUGCGUUAUUUUUACCUCUAUUUCAAGGAAGUGAUUUCUGUUGACAAAUUUAUACCUACAAAUAUUUCACUUGUGAAAUAAUAUUCUUGUGAAUGAACAUAAUUGUAAUUUAUAUAUUUAUUCAUAUGUGCUUUCCACUUUCAUAAAUUUAUAUAAUUCUCGAUCGAAUAAUCACGAUUGAAAUUGAAUUUAGAUAAAGAAAUAGUUUUACAGCUUUCUUUAUAACAAUGUUGCAAUAAAUUCACUCGGGAUGCCUUAUAUCUCUUUUAUUUUUGCAUAAGCGUAGGCGUUUGUUUCCGCGAUAUAUCUUGCGACAAAUCUCUUUUCGAUAUUUCUUCGACAGGAAAUUACAUUUGCGCCGAUAUCUGGCGACACAGUAUCAUGAGAAGAAAGUGUAUUUGAUCGGCGACGCGAGCAUUUGUUCGCAUUUGUACAUCGACGUCGCGCUAUUUAUACAUGUUGUCUGAGUGGCAUAGGAUAAGUAGAAACCACGUAUCUUUUCUAUUCAAAAUUUUAGACAGCCCGCGUGAUUAAUCGAGCUUCUUCAUGGAGCACUACAUGGGAAAUGUUGCGUGUGAUCUAAUCGAUUGGAAGAUGACAACGUCGGAUUUCACCUCAUGUAUCGGUGAUUUAUUAAGCCGUUCAUGGAUAGUAAUUACCAGAUUGUGUAUUUGAUCGUAACAUAAUCGUUUAAGCUCGGGAUUCUGCUAUUGCCAUAUAAACGUAGAGGCGAUGAGCGGGGAAAAAAUUGUAUCGUAUAAAAAUCGAAAUAUGAUAAAUUCAAUUGAUAUAGAAAAAAAAUCGGAUGGAUUAAAAGGAUAUAAAAUCUAUAAUAUUUGUUUUUCACUGCACUUCUACAUUUGCAAAUUUAAAUAGUAAAUGUCUCACCUUGUUGCAACUCCUCUCCUUUAUCGCAACAUUUAUUCAAAAUAUCUGACAUUUAAAUUGUCACAUUAAGAUUAACUAAAAUAAAAAUACAUAGAUAGGAAAUUUAUUUAUAUGUAGAUUCUGGAUUAUAUUUUAAUUAAAGUCAUAAGAUUUAACUGAAUAUCAAACGUAAUAUUCAGUAACUAAAUCAUACUUAUUAUUUUUUAUGUGUGUUAAAUAUGUAUAUAUAACGAAAUGUAAUGUAUGGUUAGUUUACUUUGAGAUUGCACGACAUUGCACAUAAGAAUAUAAUGCAAGAGGUUGUAAAGAGGUUGCGCAGUAUUGAAUUUGCUAGAUACUUAGGAACGCUGUCACGCGCCGUGCGAUCUUUGGUGAACCCUCGGCACUGCCGCGAAAUCUUUUAAUGAGCUUACCAAGCCUAGAAGCCUUAUAUCGGCACGUCCCGCGGCAAAGUAAACGCGAAAAGCGGGCAAACCGUCGAUGGCAGUUGUUGUGUGCGUCACGUCGCCGGGAUUUCACGCUCCAUAAAAAAUCGUAAAAAAAGGAAACGCAGGCUGCUUUAAAUUCGAACGCACGUUUACGAUUGUUGAGAAAGAUCGACGGGUAUCAUGAUGAUCGCUAUAUGAUCAGCAUGAAGAAACGUGGAAAUAACGAAAAUAAAGGUAGCAAGGGUGGUCAUAAUGAAGGCAACGCGGUGGAAAAGUCGGAUUCGGGAGGUCUGAGCGAUGACGAGAAUCAAGGCUUCGGAAAUUGGCUCCGAUCCGGCACCGGUAUCGAAAUGAUGCGACUCUUCGUGAUCGCAAAUUCGAUUUUGGUCUUCGUGACUAUGGCUUGGCCGAACAUGAAAGAAUCCUUUUACAUCAUCAAAGACUAUCUCGUGGGAGGAGAGGAUUAACCGAUCUCAAUCGAGAAGAUAGUUUAGGAAUAACUUUGUCAUAAAUUUAAUCAGUUUUAAUGUUUUAAAUAAGCAUGACAAUAUUAUUCACAAUUAUUACAAUUAUUAUAUACAUCUGUUAACAGCUUUAUCUUUCAUAUCGUUAUAAUCUCAAGUAAUAUCAAUAUCUGUCUUAAAUUCGGUGUUAGGAUCAAAACAGAUAAGCAUUGAAAUUGAUAACAGAUAGCAGAUUGAUAUUAAUAUUUUAUAAGAAUUAUAUUAUUGAUUAUGUAACAACUAUCGUUUAUUAAUUAUACAAGUGACAGAAAAAUAUUGAAUUCAGUUUGGUAGUAAGCGUGUUUUAAUAUCAGUGAGAAAUAGAGACACUUAAGAAGAUAAUUGUCGUCUUUCAGAAGAUUUAAUAUUCUUGCGAAUGUCACAAAAUGGGCAAAUAGAACUGUGACAGAACUACUUUUUCACGCAGCGUUUGAAAGUUAGAUCAUGUGGAUCGUGAUAUUUGUAUAAGAUAAAACUCUUCCCUAUAUUUUUCUUGCUGGAAGUUCCUCAUCUUGGAGGAAUAAACUUCCAAGACCCCAUAGGUCGUAUAACUGUUAACAGAACUAACGAAUUAGUUAUUGAAUCGUACCAUUUUAAUUCUCAGUUAGUGUUAAGACAAUUUUGACAAUAAUUUACAUCAGCGCUCAUAAUCUUGGCUAACAAUUUUUUAAAAUAUUUUUAUUUAUAACGCAAAUAAAUCAUAAAUUUCUUGAUUGGCGUAAAUAUAAAAGGCUUUUAUAAUUACCUAUUUGACAACAAGAAAUUAAAAAUGUAUAAUACUUUAUAAUAUACU